AUAACACAACCGCUACCACACCACCACUACCAUCAACAACAACAAAAGGGGCAUCAGCAUCUCUGAUACUAGAGAUAGCACAUUUUGGUCUCUACUAACCCUGAAAAUUUUCUGAGCUGUCCAGAGAGAGAGAGAGAAAGAUCGGAAGAGAAAAAUGAGUGGUGCUGGAAAGAAAGUAGUGGAUGUGGCAUUCAAAGCUUCGAAAAACAUUGACUGGGAAGGGAUGGCAAAGCUUCUCGUCUCCGAUGAGGCUCGCAAAGAAUUCGCUACUCUUCGUCGCGCUUUUGACGAGGUCAACACUACCCUCUCGACCAAGUUCAGCCAGGAACCUGAACCCAUAGAUUGGGAGUACUAUAGAAAAGGAAUUGGGUCACGCUUGGUGGAUAUGUACAAGGAGGCUUAUGACAGCAUUGAGAUCCCCAAGUAUGUAGACACAGUCACUCCUCAAUACCUGCCUAAAUUUGAUGCAUUGUUGGUCGAAUUGAAAGAAGCAGAGGAGAAAUCCUUGAAGGAGUCUGAGCGUUUGGAGAAGGAAAUUGUUGAAGUACAAGAGUUGAAGAAAAAGAUUAGCACCAUGACAGCAAAUGAAUACUUUGAGAAGCAUCCAGAGCUGAAGAAAAAGUUUGAUGAUGAAAUCCGUAAUGACUACUGGGGCUAUUGAUCAACUUCGCUUAUUCUGGCACCAACUUGUCGCAGUUUGGUGGAAUUUCCCAAAUUUUUCUGUCCCAUCUUUGUUGAAUAAUAAAUAUAACCAUGUUGUCUUCCGUGUAAUCUGGUUGCUUUUGGUUUGAGGAUUUGAGCUUCAGCAAAACCAUAUCAGAAAAUUGGAUUUUCUUUGUAAGGCCGCAGGAAAUCUCCUUUUUAUUUCAUAUAAAGGCAGGAUUUGAAUCAAGCAAGCUUUAUUUA